AGAGGGAGGAGAGCAGAGCAGCCAGGUGUCUGGACGGCGCGGCUGCGAAACACAAGUUUCUUCUUUUUGUUCUGGCUUCAACAGUUUUAUUCAUGGAUUUAACAAAGGAAUCCAUCAUUUCUUUGCUAGUGGCUGAGGGGGGGAAAGUGAAGAAAUCUGAUCUGGAGGCACACUUUAAAUCCUCAGUGGACUGUGUCGACCCGGCGGAGAAGGAUCGGAGCAGAGAGCUCUUCAAGAAUUUGGUGAACAAUGUCGCCUACGUCAAAGCGAUCGACGGGACCCGGUUCGUUAUUCUCAGACAACCGUACCUGCAUUUUCUCGGAGGAAGCCAAACGACUGAAAACGGUAAUGAUGAUAGAAAUACGGAUGUGUCAGGCGAGCAGGAGCAGGCUCCAGAUGAGCAAGAUGAACAGCCUGACAACUCAGAAGGGUUAGCUGCUUCUGGGGGAAAUCCUGCAUCUUUAUCUCCCAUAGAGCUGGCUCUGCAGAGGAGCAAAUGUGAGGAGGUCAAGGUUAGAAAGAUGCUGAAUUUUGAUGUUAACAGGAAGGAGAACGAUGAAAUCAGGGCACAGAGCAAACCUUAUGGUCUUCCUCUGAGGAUACCUGUUUCUAGCAGGGUGGAGAUCCAAAAACUGAGGGUGAACCCAGAAGAACCUCCCUACAGUCGAAAAGCAGACGCCUCCAAGACUAAGAGGAAGCCGUCCUCGGUGGAGAGUUGUUCACCCCAGCUGAGAAGGGCAGCAAGGAACUCCAAGGUGACGGAGGAACCCAAAGACUCAAGGAUUUCCUCCAUGUUCCCCCUGGAGCAGACGGAGCACGAGUGGCUGGUGAAGUGUGCUGCGGGCCAAUGGACCCAAGUUCACGGCCUGCUGCUCGCCGACUGCCAUCUUGCCCAGAAGAAGGACUUCAUCUCGGGGUUCACUGUCCUGCACUGGGCAGCCAAGUGUGGGAACAGUAAAAUGCUCUCUGUGGUCAUGGACAUGGUCCGGGAGGGAAAGGUCAACAUCGACAUCAAUUCAAAAUCACACGGGGGUUACACUCCUCUACACAUAGCUGCUCAGCAUGACCAGGAGUACAUCAUGGCCAUGCUGGUGGGCGAGUUCGGGGCCAACAUCAGGAUCAGGGACAACUGUGGCAACAGGCCCUGCCACUACCUGCACAAGGGCAUUUCUAAAACUGUCAGGGAGAUGUUGACAGAGCCCAAAGCGUCGACCCAACCUCAGGCGACGGACCUUCUGUCCCAGAGAGAGGAGCAGGACGUGCUGCCAGACCUCUCCAGGGGUCUGCACUCCUUUAGCCGUCUCUUCCAGCCAGCGGCGAUCAUCCACAAAAAGAAACCCAGUCAGAGGUCUGGACUUUACUCUCUGAGCGAGGACAACAGUGAGGAGCAAGAAGCCUCUGACUUCAGACACAGAGUGAUGUCUAACGCUUCUGUGUGCUGAUGAAUGAUGGAAACAUCACUUUAUUUAAAUUUUCAUCAGCCUGCUGCUGCUAAAACUAUCAAACAUAUUGAUAAUUACAAUUGUAAUAAAGCAAUCAAUAGCAUAUUAUUGAAAUGAAAUCAAGAAAUUUUGAAAUCUGGAAAAACGGAUGUCCUGUUCAAAAGACAACUGAAUAAGAAACCUUUUAAGGUGAUGUUUACAGACUUUUUACAUUAUUUUUGUGGAUAUUUUAACCGGUUUUCAAUCAUUUCAGUUCCAGAAAGAAUCUGGCGAAUCUAUUUUCACGAGAAACAUUUACGAAACAAGACUUGACAUGUUUCGCCUCUUGAAUUGUUUAGUCAGAGAUGAACAAAAAGGGGUGACUACAAAAGGAGAGAGUCAAAAUGUGGGACUUAUGUGUGAAUCCAACUCUUUAUCAGCAAGAAAAUUCAUUCAUAAAUCAAAAUGUCAGUGAAAUGCAUGGAAAUAUUUACUCCCUCUGUAACAAAAAAAAUACAUAAUUAUAAUGUUUUUAGAUAUUCUAAGUCACUGAGUUAAGUAUUUUGAUGUAAGCAAAGUAUAUUAAAUCUGACUAUAAGCUUUAAAACAGGUCAUUUAUUAAAAGCCAUCCAGGUUUUCCUGAAAUCUGUUAAGCGUCUCUGUGCCAGAGAUUUCUCUGAAAUAUUGCUCGGCUUGUUGGGACAGCUGUGAUUCAGGCUGAUAAGCAGCUGACUGGGGCUUGGUGUGUUCAUGUGCAGCUGGAAGCUAUAGAGCUAACUGUUUCGUCAUACUUUAUGAUCAGCAGCCUGAAGCUACGGAGAGGUCUGCAGGGGGGAAAAACCCUCGCCCUCCCUGCUGCUUCUUCUGUGACUUAUGAUGUCACUUCCCCGGCAGCCUUCGUUGUUCCUGCAUCAAGAUGACGGGUCAUCUCCUUGCCCGAAGGCUUUGUUAUGCACAUGUCUAUUUCUAGGGCAGCUAUGAGGAAAAAUAGGCUGGGAUGAGCAGAAUGAGAGAUGGAAGGUAUACCAUUUUUGCAUUUGAGAGUAAAGAUUUAAAAUUUUAAUAGAACCAAUCCAUAACAAAUAUCAUAUCAAGGCACCUAACAAGAUGGUGGCACUGAGCUAGGGACACUUUCUACAAGAACGCAAAAUCUUUUAGUGGCUUUAAUCAGGAAAGGGGCACAGCUAAACCGAAACACUGAGCCCAGAAUACUUCCUAACAAAUAGAAAGGAUGUGUAUGGCUUCAUUGAGGAAAUUAAUACAGUUAAGCACAGAAACACUGAGCUAGAAGUACUUUCUAUUGAUCUCAAAGAGUUCAUAUUAAUUGUAAAAUCAAAAUGGCUUUUCCAGAAAAGAGAUGAUGUUAAACACAGACUCACUGAGUCUGGAGUACUAUCAAGAUUUCACAUCGUAGAAAAGUGAAUGUUGCAUUUUUAAUGUCUAUUUGGAUUUUGUUCAUAUUUAUUUUAUUUUACUGUCAAUGUUUCAGAAAGCUCACAUUUUCUGGCUCCAAAACAUAAACUAAACAACAAAAUAAAGCACAUACAGAUUUUUAUAUUGGACAUGUAUAGAUAUUCAUGACAUGCUAACAGGAAGGAGUAUGAAAAACAUUUAGCAGUCCUUCUAAAUGUUUUUCAUACUCUUCCUUAAAAAUCAAGACAUGCUUUAUAGUUGUUUUGCUUUUUUCCUGCUUGAAUUUAGUUUUAUUUGCAGUUUUGAGGUAUAGAGAGUUUUAAAUAAGAGUCAAUAUCCUGGUCAAACUUUCAUUGGAGAUGCAUACAAAAGAACAUGUAAGUGGAGUUAAAAUAUUGCCUUAGUCUUUCUUUCAGGUCAAAUUUAGAGAGGACACAUUGUUCUAAAAUGUGUUCCCUAAAUUUUACCAGAAUGGACCAGAACAUUAAGUUUCCCAAAAUAGCCUUAGGCAGGGAAUUUUGUGGAUAAAUAUAUUAUCUGUACUUGCUCAAAGCAGGGCAGCUGCCCUCAUGUGAUGCCAUAAUAAAAAACAAUGUAACCCCUAUGCUUGCAGUUUUUCCAUUAUCCCAGCAUCCAGACUCUGAAGGUUUCCUCUUAACAAUAAAUAUCAAGUGGCUCCAGCAGUGUGAAGUAAAAUAAAACUGUAUAAGAUCUAAAGUAA